CAAAUAUCAGCUAUCUAUCACUGUGGCGUCUGUCUCUCACAGACUCGGACACCACUACAGUCUGGUCAUGUAUGCCGGGCUCAUUCUCUGGAUCCUGCUCGUCACAUCUGUCCAGGAGGCGGCCUCGCAGGAUUACGACUAUGAAGAUGAAAUGUACGCGGACCCACCGCCUCUGAACUGCUCAACCACAGAGCGCAUCAAAGGUGGACAGGUCACCUACUCACAGGGCGGACUGGAGGGCAGUUUGCUGACCUUUCACUGCGGCGCCGGGCGAUACCCUUUCCCGGUCGCCGCCCGGCUCUGCGGCGCCGACGGAGAGUGGUCGUUCAUGAGGUCGGCCAAUGGCAGACAGGUGUUCCGCGCCACAUGCAAAGAUGUGUUGUGCCCCGCUCAGCUCCAGCUGGAUCACGGGGACCUCCGGCCCAGAGACCAGUGGUCCCGUGUCGGGGCGACGCAGAGCUUCUCCUGCCAGGACGGGUUCACCCUGCUCGGGUCAGCCCAGAGGAACUGCACCCUCUCUGGGGAGUGGACAGGAACCCCGCCCGCCUGUGUCAACCACGCUGACGACUGCAGCGACCCGGGGAUCCCACCGGGGGCCCAGAGGUCAGGGGGCCGGUUUGACACGGGGGAGAAGGUGACCUACCGGUGUCAGGCUGGUCUGGAUCUACUCGGGUCGGCUGAAAGGGUUUGCCUGGAGAACAGGGAGUGGAGCGGUUCAACGCCGCGGUGCCAAGGCCCGAAUACCUUUGACUCCCCCGGCGCCGUGGCGGAAGCCAUGGCGGGGUCACUAGCCGGGGUCAUGGACGUCAUCUCGCCAGACUCCAAAAGGAAAGAUGAAUCAAUGUCCUACGGCCGAACCAUCCGUGUGGCGGAAGGCAGUCGUAUGAAUGUCUACAUUUUACUGGACACAUCAGGAAGCAUCAGAAAGCAGGACUUUGAAUCAUCCAGGGCCGCCACCAUCGCACUCAUCAGCAAGUUGGACAGCUACGAGGUGCAGCUGAAGUUCCACGUGCUGUCAUUUGCCAGCGAGGCCAGAGACAUCGUCGACAUCACGGACGUGGACAGAAGCGGGAGCAUCGACGACGUCUUGCACAGUCUGGAGCAGUUCAAAUACGACAGCCACGGGCGUAAGACGGGCACCAACCUGCACGCCGCCCUGCACCGCGUCAGCAUGGUGAUGAGCUUCUUGAAGCGAGACAGCGCCAGGAACCAUUUUAAUGAGACUCAGAACAUCAUCAUCAUAGAAACAGACGGUUACUCCAACACCGGCAACAAGCCUCAGAUUGCCCUGAACCAGAUCCGAAAUCUGCUGGGCUACCGCGACACAUCGUACGAUCACACGGACGAGACCAUGCUGGACGUCUACGUAUUCGGCAUUGGGGAGCAAGUGAACAGAGCUCAGCUGAACUCCUUGGCCUCGAAGAAACGUGGCGAGGAGCACGUCUUCGUGUUGGAAGGCUUCCAGAUACUGGGGGAGGUGUUCAACGCCAUCAUCAGUGACAAGAGCGUGACGAUGUGCGGGGUGGCUCAGGAGCAGGAGGAGCAGGAGGAGGAGGAGGAGGAGAACACGGCCUUCACCAGGCCCUGGCACGUCAGCGUGCAAACGGCCUCCAAGACGGCGCCGUGCGUCGGAUCCAUCGUGAGCCCCAACUGGGUGCUGACGGCCGCCCACUGCUUCGCCAAAGCGAGCUCAGACGACGUCUCUCAGCAGGUGCACAUACGUCACGGUGAGGGCACGGCGGUUUCCGACCAGGUGUUGGUUCACCCGCAGUACAACGUCCGGGCGCUCGAGCGCAGGAACGUGCCGGAGUUCUACGACUACGACGUCGCUCUGGUUCGGGUGAACAAGAGCAUCCCGAUCUCCUGGAAGGCCAGACCCAUCUGCUUGCCGUGCACCGUCCCAGCGGAUCGAGCCAUGAAGAGAGUCAACUCCACCUGUCAGCAGCACAGGAAGGAGCUGCUACCGCGCGGGGAGACGGCCGCCUUUUUCAUCCAUAAGAACAGCCAACGCAAGCACACACACAUUCACACAGAGGGUCAGAGGCCGAGCUGCGUGGAGAAGGCGAGGCAAACGCUCAAAGGGCCCACCAACGUGACCUUGGACGAGUACGUGCCCGCCAGAUUCCUCUGUUCCGGGGGAUCCUCGAGAUACCAGGACGCCGUCACCUGUAAAGGUGACUCCGGCGGAUCGCUGUUCCUGCAAAAGAGGAAGCGCUACUUUCAGGUGGGGGUCGUGAGCUGGGGCACGACGAACGUGUGCAGCUUGCCCGACCGAGACGUGAAAACUUCUCCCGAUGCUCGGGACUUCCACAUCGACCUCUUCGAGAUAAUGCCGUGGCUGAAGAAGCAUCUCGGGAAGGACGUCCAGUUCCUGCCCGACGUCCACUGAGAACGGCUUCCGAGCGCAACGCAGAAUUCAACAGGGCUCGUGCGUGAAUGUGGGAAUAAUCUGCAAUUUGUCAAGUUAUUUUUCCAAAGCUUUAUUGUCAAAAGGAUUACAGAUGAAUUGUUAUAGCUACUCACUUGCAAAAGGACAGGAGGGUUCUUUUUCAUAUAAAAACAUUAAAGAAGAAAUAAUUA